AGCAACAGGUGUAUCUGAUUAGCCGAGUUAAACCAGUUAUGCGGUUUUUAAACUUUUAAACAAACACGUCGCUUUUUGUAAUACAUGCCAGUUUAAUGAGUAAAUUUGCGAAGUAACUUGAAUUUGGUUGAAAUGAGGAUAAACCGACUGUCGUAGUGUGUUAACAUCUCCCAGGCGAUUUUUUUUUUUUUUUUUUUUUUUUUUUAAGGAACUUUUGACCCGUCAACAAACGGUACUCCCGUUUACUCAUCAAGUUUUCGACUGACUGGAUGUAACGCUCUUGGAUUUGGUCGAGUCACCAACAACCAUCAUGCCUCAGCCAAUUGACAACAUCGACUUGGAGUUCCUCUCGGACACUGAACGGGAUUUGAUCCUAGAGGUCCUGCGACGGGAUGAGGAACUCAGGCAGGCUGAAGAGCAGCGCAUUCGGAAACUGAAGACUGAGUUGCUGGAAAUUAAGAGGAAAGGGGCAAAACGUGGCAGCCAAAGAUACAGUCAGCGGAGUUGCGCUCGGUGCCACGGUUCUCUCAGUUUGCUGGCAUUCUCCUCCAACCAAUGUAGCCACUGCCGUCACCUUGUGUGUGGCAAAUGCAGAACCAGCCUCGCCGAUGGAUCCUGGCUGUGCACUGUGUGCUUCAAAGAGUCGGAUUUAAGGAAGAGUACAGGUGACUGGUUCUACAACCUGAGGGUCAACCGAUUCUCCACCACUCCCGGCCACGAGCUCGUGAGAAGUUCUCUUAGAAAAAGGCCUCCGUUGAAAAACUAUGUGACAAUGGGAGACGUUCUUCUUAAACAAUCCGAGUCGAGCCGAGGGCCACCCGUUCCUGUCCCCCGGCAGAAAGUCGGAGCCAUCGGCAAUCGUCCUUCCAGCGAGAACUCCGGCUCACUUAAUUCACUUGCAUCCUUUGAAACAAAAGACGGUCCUCUCAGUGAAUACUCUGGAUCUAUUGCAUCAACGUCAUCUUACGAAAGAAAAGGGAUUGACGGCCUGUUUAAGCCAUCGCAGAGUGAUACUGAGUCUGCAGAAAUUUUCAGCCUCACGAGCAGCAAAACGGGCACAGAGUCUGGACGCGUGACGCCUGACCUGUCCAAAAGAGCGAUUCUCCCACCUAACUACAAUCAGUCCAGUGGGACUCUCUUACCAGACGCUGUAGGUAUCCACAGUUCGAGCACAGAUUCAAACACCGUCUCAGAAAUAAAGCAAGCUGCUCCAAGCCAAGAGUUUGAUGUUGACAAACUUUUUAAGAAGAGUGUCAAACGUGUUCAGAAUUCCCCAGACGUUGUCAACUCUGGGCCAGAUGGUUGCGAUCAACCUGACUCUUCUGAGUUCUCGGGUGACACAAAAGUCCCUGAAAUAAAGCAGGUCAUUCCUAACCCACAGUUUGAUGUUGAUAAACAAUUCGAGAAGAGAGUCGAACACAUUGAGAAUCCUCCCGAAGAUGUCAAAUAUGAGCUGGAUGUUUGUGAUCAGUCUAACACGUAUGAAAGCCUGAUGGACUUCAAGAGCCAAGUUUUCAACUCGCAAGUCCUAGAAAUAAAGCAGGCCACUCCCAACCUAGAAUUUGACAUUGAAAAACUCAAGGAGGGCAUCAAAAACAUUGAGAAACCUCCUGAAUAUGUCAAUGAUGAGCUGGAUGUUUAUGAUCAAUAUCCCCUAUAUGAGAGCCUGAACGACAUCAAGAGCCAAUUUGACCAAGGUUUUGACACGCAAGUCCCAGAAAUAAAGCGGGCCAUUCCCAACCCAGAGUUUGAUCUUGACAUCAAGAGCAUCAAAAACAUUGAGAAUCCUGAAUAUGUCAAUUUAGAGUUGGAUGUUUGUGAUGAGUCACACACAUAUGAGAGCUUGUAUGACAUCAAGAGCCAAUUAGUCCAAGGCUUGGACACACAAGUCCCAGAAAUAGACCAGACAAGUCCAAACCCAGAAUUUCGAGUUGAGACGAAUGUCCAACCUGUUGAGAGCUCUCCCGAAUGUGUCAAUUAUGGGCUGGAUGUUUGUGUUCAAUCGUCCACAUAUGUGAGCCAGGAGGAAAUAGAGAGCACAAUCAUACAAGGUUUGGUCAGACAAGUCCCAGAAAUAAAGCGGGCCGUUCCAAACCCAGAGUUUGAUCUUGACAUCAAGAGCGUCAAAAACAUUGAGAAUCCUGAAUAUGCCAAUUUAGAGUUGGAUGUUUGUGAUGAGUCACACACAUAUGAGAGCUUGUAUGAAAUCAAGAGCCAAUUAGUCCAAGGCUUGGACACACAAGUCCCAGAAAUAGACCAGACAAUUCCAAACCCAGAAUUUCGAGUCGAGACGAAUGUCCAACCUGUUGAGAGCCCUCCCGAAUGUCUCAAUUAUGGGCUGGAUGUUUGUAUUCAAUCUUCCACAUAUGUGAGCCAGGAGGAAAUAGAGAGCACAAUCAUACAAGGUUUGGACAGACAAGUCUCAGAAAAGAAUCAAGUCAGUGCGAGCCCACAGUUUGAUGUUGAUGAACUUUACACGAAGUGCGUCAAACACGUUGAGGAGCCUCCUGAAAGUGUCAAACAUGGGCUGGAUUCUUGCGAUCAAACUGUCACCCAUGCUGUCCCAGUGGCUGUUAAGAGACAGUUUCCACAAGGUUCGGACAUGCAAGUCCCAGAAAUAAAGCAGGCAAGUCCACAGCCAGAGUUUAAUGUUGAGCAAGAGUGUAUCAAAAACAUUGAGAAUCCUCCUGAAUGUGUCAAAUAUGAGCCGGAUGUUUGUGACCGACCUGGCUCCUUUAAGAGACCCGUGCCUGCCAAGAGACAUUUUUUACAAGGUUUGGAAACACAAGUGCCAGAUAUUAAACAUGUGUGUCCAAGCCCUGAGUUGGAUGCCAAGAAACUUUUCAAGAGGAGUGUCACUCGUACUCAAAAUCCCCCUGAACACCAAUCGGCGCUGGAUUUGCAUGAGAAUCGGGAUACAUUGGUGAUACCAAUGGGAAACAGGAGCCAAUCUGUGCCAGAUUUAGAAAUGCAAGAAGCUGAAGAGGAGGACAUUGACAGUUUGGUUGACAAUCAUUUAAGUGCGAUGGCUUCCAGUUCUUCAAGGAGCACGAGCAUGACGAGCAUUUACAGCGGCUCCGGAGACAAUUUCAGUUUGGAUAUAAGAGGGGAGGUGAUCUUUACCAUGUACUACGAUGAUGAUAACCAGAGCCUGCAGGUCCUAAUUAAGGAGUGCCGCAAGCUGACCUUUGGCGAUACAGUACGACAGACAACCAACCCUUACGUCAAAUGCUACCUCCUGCCCGACAAAUCUCGUCAGAGCAAAAGGAAGACCACCAUUAAGAGGCACACCUGUGACCCAGUUUACGAAGAAACAUUCAAGUACUCCAUUCGUCGCAACCAGCUGUUAACUCGAAGUAUGUUGAUAUCCGUGUGGCAUCACGGCCACCUCAGCAGCAACCCUUUCCUGGGGGAGGUGGAGAUCGCCCUGGACUGCUACGACCUGGACUCCCGAAUGGAGGAAUGCAUGGCUCUCAUGACAAAGGCUCCAUGCUGCAUACCGGCGACUGCCUUCAAUCAGUUCAAAGGAGAGCUGGUGAUCUCCUUGAAGUACGUCACACCUAAAGGCCCUCAGAUGCAGAAAACCAAAUCAUUCUCCCUCAUCCCUCCGGGCAAAAAGGUCGUGGAGGUGGCCGGCGGGGAGCUCCACGUUUUGAUUAAGGAGGCGAAAAACUUGAUAGCCAUGAAGGGAACCGGAGGCACAUCUGAUAGCUUCGUGAAGGGCUACUUGUUCCCGUCUAAGUCCAAGACCAACAAGAGAAAAACGCCCGUGGUAAAGAAGAACCUGAAUCCUCACUACGGUCACACAUUUGUGUACAAGGAACUGACCCUGGAUCAGCUGAAGACCAUGUGUUUGGAACUGACCGUAUGGGACAAAGAGCCCAUGUUGAGUAAUGAAUUCCUCGGAGGUGUGCGUCUUAGCUCUGGCGAAGGCAGUGUCAAAAUAGGAAACAACAAUGUGGGUAUGGAUUCAGUGGGUGAAGAAGUCAGCCUGUGGCAGAAAAUGAUGCAGUACCCAGACUCUUGGGCAGAGGGCAGUCUUCCAUUGCGUACCACCAUGAGGAAGAAGAAGGACAAAUGAGGACUCUGGAUCAUUUUUAUUUUAAGGACAGAAGCUUUUCUAGCGACAGACUGACGAUUGGCUAUGAGUAGACGUGACAUUUUUAGGGAUGCUCACAUUUUAAAGCACAGUCAUACAAAGUCUUCACGGUGUCAUGCAAUUUAUUAGAUGCAAAAAGGAAUUUUAUAUUUGUUCGUUACCAGUAUGAUAUCGAAUGUUUGUACAAGGUUUUGAGGAGAGAUUUUUAACUUUCAUGGUUGCCUCCAACAUGUUAAUCAAUAAAUAUUGACUCAGUA